AUGUCGAAGAAUGCCAAGCGGAAACUGGCUGCAAAGAGUCAACAGCCACGGAAAAAACAGAAGCCGCCUCAAUCCACGCUAAGCCCUGAGACUGGAUGUCAACCCUUUCAUCUUGAUGCGUUAAAAUGGAGGCCUGUCCCUCUGCCAGGGAGGCUGGAGGACGCGGAGGGGUUCUAUGAACUUGAGGAGAUUGAAGAUGUUGAAGUAGUUCGAGACACGACUGGCCAUCAAGUGAUCCUCCGGCCAAAAUCAGCCUCAACGCUGGGCGAGAAACAUCACGAUCCCACUGUCCUCGACGAAUGGCAUGGGUUUGAGGACGAGGGUGAGCGUCCCGAGCAUGCAGAAGCAACAAAAACCACUGUUACUGCUCCUUCGGCUUCAAAAUCUUCAAAACCGACUGCAGCCAGAGUUGUGCACUCGUCGAAGUCCCAGGAGAAGGAUAAGCUCAAUGAUACGCUAAGUUUUGAUGUACUCUCAGAGUCACCAGAAGAUCCUAGGACAGACGUGUCGGCAUGGAAGGAUCUCGGACUAUCGCCCACGACGCUAUCACAGCUUGCUCGGCAGGGAUUCUCAAAUCCAACACCAAUUCAAAAGGCAGCUAUACCGGCAAUUCUCCAGGGCCACGAUGUAAUCGGGAAAGCCGUGACAGGCUCGGGCAAAACAUUGGCGUUUGGAAUCCCCAUUUUUGAGUCUUGGCUAGCAACGGAGCAUUUUGCAGUCAAUGGCCCAGCAAAGGUCAAAGAUUCCAUCCUAGCCCUCAUCCUAGCACCAACAAGAGAGCUUGCGCUUCAGCUGAAUAGACACCUGAACGAGCUUUGUAUCGGGUUGGAGAAUCACCCUAGAGUUUGCGCUGUCACUGGUGGACUGUCCGUAUACAAACAGCAGCGGCAAUUGGUGUCUGCAGAUAUUGUGGUUGCGACGCCUGGUCGACUCUGGGAAGUGAUGAAUGAUGCGACUACUGAUCAAGAAACAAGUAGCUUGAUGGACCGGCUCAAGAAAAUCAAAUUCUUGGCUGUAGACGAGGCGGACCGUCUACUUAGUGAAGGGCACUUUAAAGAGGUGGAAAAUAUUCUGGAUGCGUUGGACAGGGAAGUGCUUGACGAAGACGAAGACAGCAUCGAAGGGGCAUCUAAGGAGUCACCGAAGUCUCAGCGACAGACGCUUGUCUUCUCGGCUACCUUUCACAAAGGUCUGCAACGAAAACUGGCCGUGAAAAUGAAAUCGUCACAAUGGCGAAACGACACCGAACUUCUCAGCAAUCAACAGUCGAUGGAGUACCUCCUUCAAAAGCUCUCAUUCCGAGAACCGAGACCCACUUUCAUCGAUGUCAACCCUGCAUCUCAAAUGGCCUCAGCCUUGUCUGAGUCUAUUGUGGAAUGUGGAGCGAUGAAGAAGGACCUCUAUCUUUACGCCUUGCUUCUGCAGAAUGUUACUGCGAAGACAUUGGUCUUCACGAACAGUAUCUCUGCUGUCAGAAGAUUGACCUCUUUGCUGCAGAACCUGAAACAGCCAGCGACAGGAUUACAUUCUACCAUGCCUCAGAAAUCGCGAUUGCGCUCAUUGGAGAAAUUUGCAUCUCAGCGGACCGUGCUAGUUGCUACGGAUGUUGCCGCAAGGGGUUUAGACAUCAAAGGCGUUGAAUUGAUCAUUCACUACCAUGUCCCGCGAACUGCGGACAUGUACGUGCAUCGGUCCGGAAGAACUGCCCGUGCCGAAAACUCCGGACGGUCAAUUCUACUUUGCUCUCCCGAGGAGGUGGCAGGCGUAGCAAGGCUGAUUAUCGAAGUGCAUAAGACAGACAAAGCGCCGGCGAUGAUGGAGGUAGAUGGCCGGUUGUUGACACGGCUUCAAGAUCGAGUGAGUUUGGCUCAGAAGAUCACCGGUGCUACUCAGGCCAAGGAGAAAGCAGCUAGCAAGGACGAUUGGCUGAAGUCGGCGGCAGAGGAGCUCGGGGUGGAUUAUGACAGCGAGGAAUUCGAAAGUCAAGGUCAGAAAUACAAACGAGGCAGAGGUGGUGGGAAAGCAGCGAAAGACAAAGAGAAAGGAGCAGUGGAGAAAGAGCAGAUUGUCCAAUGGCGAGCCGAAUUGGCGAGUCUGUUGGGCAAAAGAAUCAAUCUAGGGGUGAGUGAGAGAUAUCUGGCCGGUGGGACGGUUGACAUGGAAGCCUUGCUGGACGGCAAGCUGGACGGAGCUUUCCUCGAAAGUCGGUGA